CUUUUUUUAAGUGAAAUACUACAUCAACGCUUUGAACUUUCAUUUUUAAAUUCUUUCCCAACGUUUUACGGGAUUUCUACUUUUAAACUCGAAUUUUCCUUUUCAUAUAAAAAAUCGGAGAGUAAAUUUUUUACAAGUUAAAACUGUAUUUGUGCAUAUAUAAUGUAACUGUUCGAUCGAUGAAUUAAAAACUCAUCUUUACUGUAUUGUAUCAAUUAUUCGCUCUGCAGCAUUGUUAUACACACGAUUUUUUAAUACGAAUUGGCAAAAGUUCGAGUUCAAAAAUUCAUCUAUACUAUUUUUAUUAGAAAUUAAGUGAAAGAGCGCCGAAAUCUCUGUCUCUGGUGGGAAAUUUGAAUUGGCGCAGAGGACGCCACCGUCCAUUGGUUUCGCUCACGCGCAUGACUCGCGGGCAGCUUCACGAAGCUUCACGCAGCGGGGCGGUGGCAACAGCGGCGUCGGCGGGGACGAUCGCUAAUUAUCAAUGGUGCGAUGACGCGACACCGUACUACAAAUGGCGGGUAAUGAAACAGCUGUUCACGCCACCGUCGGCUCGACAUCUAGCGGAGCGCGGGCGCGAUCCGGCACGCGUCGGCGACGACGUCGACGUUGGAUACGCCGCGGUGAGGAAACGCGUAGACGAGGUGCUGAAGGAAGGGCUAGGGCGGCGGUGCCCGCUGGUGACCUGUCCAAGAGGAACAUGGCUGCUGGCUGCUGCGGUGCGAAGAAGCAGAGGCUGGGCGGUGGUGGCGGUGGCGGCGGCGGCGGCGCCGCGGCGCCGAGUCUGUCGCCGUGCGACGGCACCGCCAUACGGAACGGGGUUCCUCAAAUGAGAAAGCCCGCGACGAUCGCCCAUCCGGAGAUGGGCUUCUUCUGCUUCGAUGUUCUCUAUUGUCAGCUGCACCAGCUGGACCCGCCGAAGGCGCCUAACUUCAGCAACGAGGCAUUCCCUUUAUUUGUGACAUGGACAAUAGGAAAAGAUAUGAGAUUACGAGGUUGUAUUGGUACUUUUAAUGCGAUGCACUUACAUGCUGGGUUACGCGAGUAUGCUACAACUAGCGCAUUCAAAGACUCACGGUUUAAUCCCAUAACUCGAGACGAGCUGCCGCGCUUGCAUGUGAGCGUGUCGAUCUUGCGGCAUUUUGAGGAUGGGGUUGACUAUUUAGAUUGGGAAGUGGGUGUGCACGGAAUUCGCAUAGAGUUUCACAAUGAGAAGGGUAACAAGCGGACGGCUACUUACCUGCCCAGCGUAGCUAUGGAGCAAGGAUGGGACCAGAUACAAACGAUAGAUUCUCUGCUACAUAAAGGUGGCUUCAAAGGCCUAGUCACACCCGAUAUCCGUCGUAGCCUGAAACUGACUCGCUAUCAAAGCGAAGAGGUUACUGUGAGCUAUCAGGAUUACAUGACGCAUUGUCAUAAUCGACGAUGCUAGCACAUCGCCUGGGGUCCCAGCCAGGGAUCCCUGCCCCAACGAUCCACUGAGGCUCGUUACAACAACGCGCAACAUAUCGUCAAUUCGUCUCAUUUGCAAAACGAUAGCGUCCGGUACAAUUCAUUCGCAUCUGGUCAACAGUUGCAGAUUGUCACGCAAUCGAAUCGUUCGCCGUUCGUACGUCCACUACCCUUACCCCCGAUCACUCCGGUUAUGAUACCGAUACGUGGCAAUCCACCUCCCCUUUGGUGGGAUAACGCGGGUCCGUCCUAUUCGCCUGCACCGCUUUAUCCUCGACCACCGCAUCGCUUCUUAGCGCAGGAUACUGCGGAGCACGGGAUACGUAAGCGAAAAUGACAUUGGAGACGAUUAUUUCUCGCAAUUUUUCAUUGUUUAAAGUGGUGCGUGUUUCUGUGUCUUAGUAUACACAGCCUCCCGCUUAUCGUACCGCAUGCUCCGUCUUGAGGAUGAUAAGAUUGUAUAUGAUGGCAUCGCUUAAUUGUUGCAUAUUGUAUUAAAAGUCACAAGUAAUGUAAAGUAAUUUUUAAAAGGUUUAAAAUUUGAUUAUAUUUACAUUGAUAUGUGUGUCUUAAAUAUUUGAGUAUUAUAUUAAAACAAUUUCAGCGAAUUUGGUCAAUUUCGAAGAUUUUUAUUAAAAUGAAUAAUAAAAAACUUAGCCAUAUUAUUUAUUAUUCAAUUAUUCAAUAGUCACAUUAUAUUAAUUCUACGUUUUGAUAAAUGUAUGCAAUUCUCUUUUCCUUAUGACAAUUAGCAGUGCCACCAUAUUGUAAAAAAAAUCUGUAUUUGCAUCGAUAAUAUAAGAAAUGAACACUUUUAUAAAGGACAGUGAUUACGCCUAAAAUUCACUGCCUGCUUUCACAUGAUAUAAUGUACAAAACGAUGUUGUGGAAUUAUUCUUUUUUUUUUUUAAUUUAUCGUAAUGUAUGAUAAUAUUUUUAUAUGCACGUACAUCGAGAAAAUUAGAAAAAUUUGAAGUUGUUAAAAUGAUAAAUGUAAUAUAAUUUUUUUUUAAAUUCCACAUUGGUUAUUGAAUAUGUUCCAACUACAUUAGAGCAUAAGUUUGUAUUACAAAAAGGAAUCUUUGCCUCGUUAAAAUAUAUCAGUUAUGCAUUUAAUCGCAUAAAAAAGACAGUAAAUUUGAAUCAAAGAAACGUGAUUUUCUGUGGUUAAUUGUGAUUUAGUUAUUAAGGCACAAAAAGAAAUCAUAACUCACUAGAAAAUAUCAAUAUUAAACAUGUAAGACUAGUAAAAGUAAAAAAAGUAUUGAAGAUCUCAUUGUGAGUUACUCAUUAAUAAGUAAUUUCGUGAUAGUUGCACCAUUCGCGGUAUCUUGUGCUGUGCAUCUAUUAAUGUAUAUUUCGCUAAUUUUAACCGUAGCUCCCAAUAUUACGAUAUAAACUAACAUCUUUUUUUUCGGUAUUAAUUCUACUUCCCUCGAAUUGCCAACUAUUCUUAAUAGCGGGCUUUAAACACUGCCAAUUUAUUCACCUUGUUGUAGCUCUUUUAUACUAAUGAAUUAUUCGUUAGAAAUAAAUGAAAAUUGUUACCGUAUCUUAUUUUUGUUGUGGUAUGUGCUAUUCUCCGUGUUUAUUCGUGUUAGUACGCGUUAUUAUUAUUUACGUAAAAUAUUUCCAUCGAUAAUAAUUAAUAAUUAAUAAUCUCUUGCCUUUUGUGAAUCUCGGCAAAUAAAAAGCAUUCAAUAAACUGCCACAUGUUUGUCGAUUCACAUGUGCACCCAUCUGGCCUAUCCGGAGGAACGCCAUUCGUUGAUGAACAUUACUACGAUUUACACGUGUGAACGAUGCAUUAUCACCAGAACGAUAAUAAUAAUAAUUUUACCUAGCGUAAUUAUAUUUUAUGGUAUACAAUUUAGUUGUAUUCGUGUUUACCGAAGAGUUUACGAAAAUACAAUAAAAACGCACUUACCUAAAAGUAAGUCAUUGAUGUUAUCACAAUGCAACUAAAUACACAUAACUGUAUUAAACAUAUUUAAAAUCAUAACCAUACGAAUUUGCUUAAUGAAAUUAUUCCGUUCUUUAUGAAACUGCCACAAAAAUCUAUUUGAUGUACGCAUUUUGUAAUUGCGUGGAGUAAGUACUUUGUACACAUACAGUUUGUACUGUACUUUUAAUAUUUCUCUCAACAAUUAAUACCGUGUGAUGACGUGAGAUUGCACAACGCAAAAUAUUAAUAAUUAAAAAUAUUAAUAAUUUUCAAACAAAACAUACUUGUCAAAUUAAUAUUUAUUAUCGUACUUGGCAUCAUAUCUGAUACUAGUAUAAUAUUAAUACGAUAUCAAGCGAGUGUAUGGUCACUUUGAUUACAUUUGUAAAUUAAUAAUACAGCGAAAUCGACGGGUUAUUCAUUAUAUAUUCAUAAGACGAACACAGCG